AUGGAGCCAGUUUGUGGCACGUUGAGUGUCGUUGCUGGUGUCGCUAGCAUUGUCUCCGUCAUCGGCAAAUCGGUGGCCACCUUGACGCAACUCCGCCAGAGGUACCGGGAGGCCGAACUCAAUAUUAAUCUGUUGACAGGGCAUCUUCGAACUGUACGGACCGCCCUGCUUCAAGUACAGAACUGGGCAGAAUGUCUGCCGGAGGACUCUCAGCACUACCAACUGAUGAUUGACCUUGGGGAUGCCAUCACCCAUUGCAAGUUACUUGUCGAAUACAUCGACAAUCAGAUCUCGAGAUUCCAGUGGAGCGACGAGGAGCUCUUGAGGGUCGGCAGCAAAGUCCUCUAUCUUCUCGAGGACCAAGCCACCAAAGACUGUCUUACCCGUCUAGAUCAUCAGAUCAAUGCUCUCAAUCUGUGCCUGACAGCGUCCCAAUGUCGAACACCAAACGAUCAGAAACGUUUGCUAGAGAGAGAUGAGAGCAGAGAAGUCCUCAACCAAGCCAAGGACGACGCCACGUCUCUUGUCGGUUUCCGCGAUUCUGCCUCUUUCGCUACUUUCAGAACCAAUCUAUCUACAGCCACGAAACUGUCCAAGACGUUCGACUUCGAUGGUCUGCUUCUACGACACAAGAUUUAUCAGAACACCUUUCGGUCAAUGCUCAGACGUGCCACUAGCCCCACCGAAGAGCACCCCGGGGAGAAAGGACAACGGCGGGCACUCUCCGAUACUCCCAUUAUUCAGCUUAAGAGUACUGCGCGCGACUCGGCCAAGAUCGACCUGAAGCUCAAGCAAGAUGCCCGCAAGUUGAGCAAAGAAGUCAAGAUCCUUGCUGUCGGAGACAAACAUGGCAAAUCCGCCAUCGUCAAGCAAAUGAGACAAAGAUACGGCCGACCUUACUCAGACUCUGAAGUCGAACAAUAUCGACAAUCAAUCACGUCUCUCGCUGUCAAGGCCCUUGUCGCUGUCCUCGACUACGUCAAGGACAUUGGGACCGGCCUCGUCAGUCAAGUCAGCAGAGAUCAUGCGGCCAUUAUCCGAGAUUUUGCGGAAGCAGGGGGCCCCGAUUGGAGAGUCCCUGUGGCACUCGCAGGUUCUGUCAAACACAUAUGGAACAAUUGGCAUGUUCGACAAGCUUUCUCGGUGAUGCAGCAACAUGGACAGACUGCCUACUAUCUCAACGCGAUCGAAAGGAUUUGUCGGGCCGACUACACGCCCAGCAACAUGGAUAUCAUCCGAGCCCCCGAAACCAUCGACACCAUGAAAGAGACGGAAUUGGUCAUGAACUCAUCGACACUGCGCAUCAUCGAACUCAAGGAGCAAUAUGCGAUGAAAAUAAUUUCGCAGUUCGCAGAUGUCCAAUUCUGUCUCUUUGCCAUCGAUCUCACUUGCUACGACCGAUAUCUCGAUGAUACGCAGAGCUCAAACGAACUUCUGGAGAGACUGUCGGACCUCAAAGUCAUUUGCCGAUCCGAGUAUUUCGCCAAAAGCAUUAUUUUGCUCGUCUUUACCAACGCGGCAGUGUUCAAAAAACGCAUUGCAAUCUCACCCAUGAAGUCCCACUUUGAGGACUACAAUGGGGGCAAGGACGUCAGCGCUGCUACGAAAUAUAUCUUCAAGAGGUGCAAACAAGUCAACAAAAUGGACUUGCCGCUGUUCUGGCACAUUUACGACUAUACGGUUAGCGAGGGCGAAGCUGAGGCAAUGGACCAUUUCUUCAUGCAGUCUGCUGCGAGUAUUUCAGCCGUGUCGUGGAUGAGGGAGAUGGGAUUUGGAACACCAUGA